AUGUACAAAACAGUGAGGCAUGGUGAGAACAGCCUUCAGUACACCAUAUUACCGCAAACCGAGGAAGUCCUAAGCAAUAGUGGUUUGAAAGGAAAAGGACGUGAUUAUAGUCCCUCGAUUCAUGUGCGACGAUCCCGUAGAAAGUCAGCGUUGAAGUAUAUAUUGUUAAUAAUUAUCGGUAUAAUUGUGGCUUUAGCGUUUGCUUCUGUUCCACUCUACGUUCUUAAUGGUGCUCUCUAUGCUAGAAGAUUACAUCAUGAACAACACGAGACUAUAACAGCGGCGCCAUUGACGCCAGCUGGUCGGGAGAUGGUGAAAUCACGCAAAAAAGAACUGAAAGUAGCUGCUGAGGUGACAACCCUGAAAUCUAGACUAGAAUCAAGUACUACUACUACGACAUCAUCUACAGUAACGUCAACACCAGUUCCAAUCACAGUAGCUAGUGAAAAGGCGACUACUCCGCCGUGGACGCUACCUGCACUAAGAUCUUGGAAGUUUUCAUCAUCUUCGACCACUAUCAAACCUAUUCCUACAGAAGAUAAUAACGAAAUUCCAUUCGCUGGUACACCAUCUGGUGGUGUUCGGUUAUUGGACCAUUACAUGUCCAUGUCGAUGAAACCAUGGGAAAAGGACAUUAUAAUAAGAGCAACAGUUACUCCCGAUCCGUUGACUAUCCGCAACGUAUUUCAAUACUACACCCGAACCAUGAAUCCGUCGGAAAAAACGAUUACUACAAAUUCAAAGACUUUCGACGACGUUUUAAUAACAACAAAACCGACCACAACACACACAGCAAUGACCACUGAAUCGAACGAAAUCAAUGAGAAGACCAAAAUGAAAGAUUUGAAAGAUGCCAUACUCUCAGUAGACGAUGAUGAUGAGUUUAAAGAAUCUCUGGAGGUGGAUGAGGUUUUCUCACUGCCGCCUCUAAAACCGGAAACUUCAGCACAAGCAACCGAUUCCGACGAAGUGACAGUUUCGAAAGCGACUGAACCAGGCUGGUACGGAGCUCGAUGGCCAUUCGUUGAUACGUCAUCUUACUUUCAAUGGACGGGUUAUUCUCCGGGAGAUAAUCUUCUUCUGCCGUUGUUGAUAGCAGCACUAUCAUCUAUAGCUCUGGUUCUACUGUUGGCAUUGGCUGUCAAACGCCGCAAAAGAACGUCAAACGCUUCAGCACAAAUAGGGAAGUUGACCGCCGAUUUGCAAGCAGACGACAACACUAACUUACUCACUGCUGAUAAUCAAGAAGAAACAGAAGAAUGA